UUAUAAGAUCUAAUUUCAGUGGAUCGAACUCUGCAACUGCUAAAAGUGAAUCUUUUUUGAGACAUCAAGUGCAUCACGACCAUCCAACAAGGCUGUGUCCAGACUCUGUUCAUAGAUAAUCGGCAUAUCUCAGAUGUAACAGUCGUAGAUAAUAGUGGACGGAAACUCAGUGUCAGCUCAUUUCUGAACCCGAGUGUAAACGCACUGAAGUACACCGUCGUGGUGUAUGGGAGCCACUUUCAAGUGACAAGAUAGACAGAAUUUCAACAUGAGCGAGUGCGAGACAGGAGCAGGUGCAGGCCCAUCGGUGAUGUCGACUUCUCCGACAUUUGUCGACAAAAUCGACCCAUUUUCGAAGAGGUCGAUGAAGAAGGAGCCAAAGCGAUCCCAAGGUUCUCCAAGAUAUCGAACUGGCCAAGAAGAGGAGCUUCAGCCUUUGCCUUUAAUUAAAGACGUUCCUGCAGCAAAACAAGAGGAACUCUUCAUCCGCAAGCUUCGCCAAUGCUCUGUCUUCUUCGACUUCAUGGACCCAAUAGCCGAUGCGAAAGGCAAAGAAGUAAAGAAAGCCACUCUCAACGAGCUCGUGGACUACAUGACGGCGGGAGGGCUGCUCACGGAACCGGUGUAUCCCGAGAUCAUCAAGAUGGUAUCGUGCAACUUAUUUAGAAGUCUUCCACCGAGCGAGAACCCCAGCUUCGAUCCGGAAGACGACGACCCUACUCUGGAAGCGUCGUGGCCGCAUUUGCAGCCAUCAUCGGGUCUUUGGUUUCUGCAAGCAUCUGGUGCUGGUCAUGAUGAUCUGUAUCCUCUUCUUUCCUCUCAGCUCGUGUAUGAAUUCUUCCUCCGCUUCAUGGAAUCCCACAGCUUUCAAGCUACACUUGCCAAAAGGCUUCUGGAGUUGUUCGACAGUGAAGACCCGAGAGAACGCGCUUACCUAAAGACUGCUCUUCACAGAGUCUAUGGGAAGUUUCUGGGCCUUAGGGCCUACAUUCGGAAACAGAUCAGUCACAUCUUUCUUAGAUACAUUUAUGAAACUGAGAAGUUCAAUGGUAUGGCAGAGCUACUAGAGGUUCUUGGAAGUGUCAUCAAUGGCUUCGCCUUACCACUAAAAGCAGAACAUGAGCAAUUCUUAUUCAAAGUGCUGAUCCCUCUCCACAAAGUCAGGUCCUUGUCCACGUGUCAUGCUCAGUUGGCAUACUGCAUAAUCCAGUUCCUGGAGAAAGAUCACUCACUCACUGAAAAGGUGAUUAAUGACUUACUGCGAUAUUGGCCCAAGACAUGCUCCCAGAAGGAGAUCAUGUUCUUAAACGAGAUGAAAGAAAUCUUGGAUGUGAUGCAUCCGUACCAGUUCCAGAAGAUCCAGAAGCCGCUCUUUCAGCAGAUUGCGAGAUGCGUGUCUAGUCCACAUUUCCUAGUUGCCGAGAGCGCCCUUUGUUUCUGGAACCACGAGUAUAUCAUGUCCCUGAUAGAAGAAAAUAAUGCUGUGAUCAUGCCCAUCGUGUUCCCUGCUUUCUGUAGGAUCGCCAAGGGACAUUGGAACCCUACAAUAGUGUCUAUAGUCAACAACGUGCUCCAGACUUUCAUGGAGAGGCAUUCCAGCCUCUUCGACGAACUCAUGUCGUCCUGUGCAGCUGAAAGGCAAGAGCGAGAGCUCAUCUCAUAUUUAUAGUGCCAACAUCACGUUGUUUCUCAGUGGAUACAAAGAUCGCAAUCGAGGCAGUUUCUUUCCGUCACACGUUUCUCCCGCGGCAGGGAAAAGAAGCGAGAGGACGGGGACAGGCGAUGGCGGCAGUUGUCCGAGAUUACAUUCCCUCGCAACCGACUGCGCAAGCAACUGAAAAAGUCCAGUUUCGGCAACUGAAAAGCAGGCCAGUGCAAGUAAAUUCUCAUCAAGCAAUGCUCGUGAUUGAGUGGAACUCCUGUCACAGUGGAAUACCCCCCCCCCCCCCCUC